AGUGGACGCCAAGAAAAGAAGCUCCCUCCGCUGCUUCUCUCUCUCUCUCUCUCUCUCUCUCUCUCUCUCAUCAAAUUAAAAAGGUCAACAUUGUUUCAAUCUUCAGCAAAUCCAAGCACAGAGAAAUCGACCAAUGGAGGGUGGAAAUGGACAGGGGUUGAGGACGACGAAGAGGGCGGAGAUAGAUACAACUGCACCGUUCCGGUCGGUCAAGGAGGCUGUUAUGUUGUUUGGUGAGAGAGUUCUGGCUGGAGAGGUCUAUUCCAACAAGCUCAAAGAGAUGCAGAACAAUGAUGCAAGUGGAAAUGGUCUUGUAACUGUUACAACAGAGCUGGAGGAAACAAAAGAAAAUCUCCAAAAAGCAAGAGAAGAAAGCCUAGUAAUGGCUACCUGCCUCUCCACCUUACAACAGGAACUCGAGAGGACGAAGCUCGAGCUUCGACAGCUCAAGGAGAGAGAAUCCGAAAAGCAGGUGAUCGUCGAGUCUGCAGAGAUCAAACACGUCGAGUUCACGAAGGACUCGACGAGCUUUGAUCAUCUCAAACCGCGGACGAGAAACGAAGGGCCGGUCGAGUUCCAGAAGAAGAGGUACGUGACGUUCGCGAACCCUCCCUCGUCGGCUCGGGUCAUGGUGCCACAAGGCGGCGACACGAUUCUGGAAAGACACCCUUCUCUCAAGAAGAAGAAAAAGAAGCCGCUUAUUCCGCUAAUCGGAGGCAUUUUUUCGAAGAAGAAAUGAAAGGUUAAUUUCAAGGACGAUGCAAAAUUUUCAACUUAAUUAAUCCAAUAAUCGUAAUUUUUUUUUGUGUAUCUUAUUUAUUUUGUACGUUCAAUUUGACCCUGCACGUACCAAUAAAGUCUUAAAAUGAGAGGAGAAUUCGACAUUAAUAAGGUAUUUAUGUAUGUACCCUAUGUAAUUAAGAGUUUUGGUAAUAAGGUAUGAAGAUCAAGCAAUAUCAGUGUACUGUUCUUUCUCUUGCAAAUAAUGGGACACAAUUUCUUUUGCUUCGAGAUUU